CAAGAUUGCUUCAGUAGGGUGGAAAGUGGUAGAGGAAGAUAGUAGUUUCUUAGAUUGUACUGUGUGUAAUUCAUUCACGUUCUUUUAUUUUAAUUGAUCUGAGAAUUACUAAGUUUCGAAAAAAAAUAUUAUUUUCUGUGUUCAACUUUCAAGGGAGAAUCACAACUAAAAGAAAAACAAGUCCAAUCCUGUUCUUAAAAGCUUAAUUGUGAAUAGAAUAAAUGAUGAGUUACCUGUACAGUUCAUUAGCACAACGAGAGACUGAAGUACGAGAAAGGAGACAACGUUCACAGAGUCUUUCUGAUGAUCUGAACUUCUCAAUUGAUCAUCGAUUUUUGGAUGAAGAUAGCAGUCUCAAUGAAGGGCAUUUUGUGCCACCAGGAACACCUGAAGAAAAUGUUCCUCUGAAUCCUGACUCGCAGAUUGAAGAUAGUGAUGAAGUGGAUUUUGAUAAUGAUGUGGUUGACAUGUCAUUUCCUGCUAGAGCAGCAGAGCAGGCAGAACACCUGGUACGAAGAGUACUAGAGGAGGCUGAACAAGCAGAACAACUUGUCAGAAAGGUUUGGGAAGAAGCCUGGAAGGUUUGCCACUUCAGUUCAUUGCCUCGAUGGCUUCAAGACAACGAUUUCCUUCAUAUGGGUCAUAGACCUCCGCUUCCAUCAUUCAGUGCCUGUUUUGGGUCUAUCUUUAGAAUCCAUACUGAGACUGGAAAUAUCUGGACCCACCUUCUAGGGUGUCUGAUGUUCAUUGGUGUAGCCUUGUACUUCCUGACUCGUCCAUCAGAACAAAUUCAGUGGCAAGAAAAACUAGUUUUUACUGCCUUCUUUGCUGGCGCCAUCUUGUGUCUUGGAAUGUCAUUUGCUUUCCAUACUGUUCACUGUCACUCUGAGAAAGUUGGCAAGUUGUUUAGCAAGUUAGAUUACUGUGGAAUAGCCUUACUGAUUAUUGGAUCCUUUGUACCCUGGCUGUACUAUGGUUUUUAUUGUGAAUUCCAGUAUAAGCUCAUCUACCUUAUCCUGGUGUCUAUACUGGGACUAGCAGCCAUUAUUGUUUCCUUGUGGGACAAGUUCAGUGAGCCCAGGUUUCGCUCGCUACGAGCAGGAGUGUUCAUGGGUUUUGGAUUAAGUGGGGUCAUUCCCGCUGUGCAUUACCUUGUUGCAGAAGGAUGGGUUCGUGCUAUUUAUCAUGCAUCAUUUGGCUGGCUGUGUUUGAUGGGGUCGCUGUACAUCAUAGGAGCUCUAUUCUAUGCAAUGCGUGUGCCAGAGAGGUUUUUUCCUGGAAAGUGUGAUAUUUGGUUUCACAGUCAUCAGAUAUUCCACAUCUUAGUUAUAGCUGCUGCAUGUGUCCACUAUCAUGGCAUAUCUGAAAUGGCUAUGUCUCGACUGACUCUAGGAGAGUGUGUAGAUGGUGCAAUGGAAGAUGAUCAGUUUAUGUACAUUUUGUAAUCCAGAAUAUGAUUAUGUUUGGACUUUUUUGGCAUCCUUGAAGUUUGUUAUUUAUCCACAAAACCAUUCCUGGCCUUAUAAAAGUUUUACUCGUAUAAUAUACCCUUUCUUAUACUCUAAAUUACUGACAACAGUAACAUUGACCUGAUAAACUAAUAAUUAAUGAACUUGUAUUUAGACCAUAUAUAUAGUGAAAAUUGUAAUUUACGGGUAGAAAAUUAUCCCCUUAAGUUAACCCUAGAAACCAGCGGAGGUAAAGUCUAGAGAAUUAGCAGCUCGACACAACCUCCAGUGAUUGUUUAAGGAAAGGAACCAUCACUCUGAUGAUAAUAGAAUUGUUGAUGUAAUGUAUCAGAAAAUUUAGGAAUUUCUACUCUGUGAUAGUUUGUCCAUUGUAUAAACACUGCAUCAUAUAUAUAUAUAUAUAUAUAUAUGUAUGUUUUUUUUUUUCUUUUUCUUCUUACAUUCAUACCUUUGUACUUGGGACACAUGAGACACAAACUUAUAGUUGAUUUAUUUAGUCUUAAAAAUAUGCUUCCAGAAAACGAAAAAAGACAGCAUUUUGUUUGAAUACCAGAAUAUUUAGAACAUUUUAUGUGGUAAUAUUAGUAACGUGUACUAUAUCAUAUUUUAAUUUCCCACAUACUUAAUGGACAAAAGUCAUACAAAACUUUCUGUUAUUAAGAUGGUACUUUCAUUUCUUGUUCUUUGAGGGAAGGUAAACAAAACAUUCACACACACACUGCUU